UCACGCUGCUUGCUCCGUCUGGUGAGUGCGUUGAAGACAGCAUGGCGGCUCUGUGCAUGGCUUUUUAAAACUGAACUGUGACGCUAGCUACCGCGAAAAUCGAUCAUUAAGCAUGCAGCUGAAUGACCUUGUUGCGUGUAUCGACCAUGGAGGAGAAUAUUGAAGAAUGCAUUGACAACGAUUCCUGGAAAACCGUUUAUACGGCUUUCAAGAAAAAAAUUGUUGAUACCAACCACUUGAUUGAAAAGUACAGUGCUGUUACCCAAGAAAACACUGUUCUCUGCAAGAAAGUGAAUGAUGUCACCACACUGUCACAGUCCUUGAAAUUGGACUGUGAGAAAUAUGAGAAAGAUCUUCAGAACGCACUCCAGGAUCAAGAACCAUUGAAACAGCUUUGCGCAUCUUUGAGGGAUCAGUUACAGAGUCAUGAGCAACAGAAAGCAGCUUUGGAAAACACUCUAGAAAGUUACAAGGCAUCUGUGCGGCAAUAUGAAGACCUGCUGAAGCAGAAGCAGCAAGAAGUGCAAAGUGUACGAGAAACUCUCUCCGGUAAAAGGGGGAAAGGUGAAGCCAAGGAGAAAGUUUUGAGUCUCGAAAAGAAGCUUCAGAAAGAGACUAAGGAACUUCGGCAACUGCACCGGAGGUGCUUGAGAGCUCACACCCUUUUCAAAGUAUUGGAUGAGAAACUCAAUAAAAAAGGUAUCCUGACACCGCUGGAAAAGCGGCAGUUUAAGAAUGUCGUUUCUAUACUGAAACCUCCUCCUACAGACAGCGAUGAACAGCCAGGAGAAGACUGCCCCAGUUCCGACGAAGAUACUGGCAAAAUUGAUGGCAAUGACGAUGCGGAUUACCUCGAGAAGCUGCUCAUGAAUGGGAAUGGGAACUGUUCCUCGGAUUCAGAGGAUAACUUCACAGCCGUUCCCGAUUGCGCACCCCCUGCCGAGAAAGCAGCAGGUGUGGAUGGUGAAGACCAGGCAGGAGGACGCUCCCAAGAGCUGCCUGAAGGAAGCGACAAAUCUGGGGAAGCUGUAGAUGGCAAAGGGGAAGAGAAUGAGGCACAAACGACAGACACCCCAGUUGAGAAGGGGGAAGCUGAAGCCACGAAGGAAGAAGUGGUAAAUCCGUGCCCAGAAAACGUGGUAGCCACUGUCUCGGAGGAACAGCAGGCUUGUGCCUCCUCGGGAUCAGUCUCAGACUCACCAGUGAAAGAGAGUGGUGGUGCCUUGGACUGUGCUGAUAGGGGCGAUCAGCCGUGUACGAUAGCAUGCAGUGUGCCGGACAGCAGCAAUAACGAGCAGCCUGCUCAAGAUGAUAGGGAAUCUCACCAGCUGAAGACACACGCGUUAGACGGAGCGUCUGCGAACUGUGACGUGAACGAAGAGGUGCCCAUGGAUACUGCUGACAAGCAGCCUAGCAGCUCUGCUCCUCUACAAACAGAAAAAGAGCUAGCAUGUACGUCCACGGGACUUACAGAACCACUGCAGCUGGGUGCUGUAGCGCCUGUAAAGUCCCAAAGUGACGGUAGCAAUGCUGGAAAAAGAUGUCCCAAAGAGCAACAACAAGCCCAGAUUUCGUCACUCUUCCAGCAACAACAAAUUCUGAAUGAAGGACGUGACAUUGAAAUUGUGAGGGCGGAGUUAAAGAAGAUCACCUCUGAAAUGCACCUUACAGACUUCUGCUCUAUACCAUUGUCCCCAUUACCUCCAUCUCCUCCACUGUUUGAUAUUGAGCCCAAUGUCAUGGAGGUUGAAGACACACACAGAAGUGUGUCCGGUGAUAGUUCCUCAAUUUUUGGCAAUAAAUAUCGGGACUCCCUACCGUCAGGUGCACCUCCUAUCUCUAAAUCAUCAUCAUCUCCGCGCAAAACAACUGGCCUGUCUCGCAAAGAAAAAUGCAAGAAUAAAAGUAAGAGCUUGCCCUUUUCAAAUAUGAUUGAUAGCACGGGUAGUGAUGCUGUUUUUGGUAGAAGACCUUUCCACCACCAGCAGUCUGAAGGCUUUGAGCCACACAUUGAAGGUGUAGAAUUACAGAGCGAUGAACAACCUGUGAGGAUCCCAACUCCGUUGUGGAGUCACCCCGUAGAGAGUAGGAAGAUACAGACGAAGUUCUGGCACGACCCUGUAGACGGAACGCUGAACGUCAGGGCAAGGCUACCGAAAGACUCUGUUACCAAGAGCCAUCUUGUCCCCACAAUCACGGUGGAACUUGACCCUGUGGAUUACGACUUUCACUUGGCGUACAAGGAAGUUCCCAUUUCUCACCAAGAAAUUGAGCGUGCAAGAUCACACCAACCGCUGUACAUCACACCAACCGACACAGAUCAGGAAGAAUUCCGCUUACCUACAGGGCCGACUAGACGUGUGCCAAGUGCCUUACAGACGCAUUCUCCCGCGCAGACCCUGGCUAGAAACUCUCUUCCCCCCGUGAGGUCUCAGCCUACGGACGUGCAGCCCAAGAGCAUCUUGGGACACAAGCAGAAGCCACCUGCCAGGAUUCCACCCGUGUCGUUUGUGUGUUCAAGAUCACCAAGGCGCUCCGAAGCAUCGCAGGACGACAUGGCAAGAGACUGUCCCCAGGGGGCGCCCGGUCCAGUUUCCGGCGCUCCGUUCCAGACACGACCGCUGUCACCGCUCCCACCAACGCCUCUGAAACAACUCUUGUUGUUGCCAGAUGGGGAAACCCCGAAGGAGCAGCCGCAACCGACUCUUCUUCCGGCCCUUAAGAGGGGCAGGCAAAGAAAGCUGGCAACAAUUGGUCAGCUGCCCUGUAUUCCGGACGACGACAUAGCCGAACAACAAAAUGGAGGCAUUGAAAAGCGAAGGGUCUCCUUUGGGUUUCACAUUGAUGGUAACUCCGCCAAGUUCAACAGGACUCGAUCGGAAGCGAAUGAUUCGAUCCUGCCAUCCGAUGAUGAGAGGCAACCUGAAAGUCAAGAGCAGGAGCUGCCGGUGAGCAAGAAGCAAAGGAUAAGUCUGUUCUCCACAAAAGUCUCCACGGAGAAAGCACAGAAGAAGCCAUUGUUCGUUAGAGCAGGGCACCUUGCAGACGACAGCACAGCUCAUGGCCAUGCAGUCUUUGAAGAGGAAGAUACAGGCCCUGCUGUACCUUCAUCAGAGCAUGGCGACACAGGUGCUGCAAAAUCUUCCAUCUCCAUGUCACCGCGCAAAGCGAGACGUACUCAACGCAACACUGAGGACUCUUUCGACCAAAGUGAAGCGUACGUUUCUCCCGACAAAAAUGUUUCGAGCGACAAGGUCACGCCUCCUGCAAAGAAACGAUGCAUCAGUCACGUUCUGCCAGAGACCUUGAAGUCGCCGGACGUCCUCUCACCUGUUUCAGGAAGCGGUUCCGAGUUUCCUCACGGUGCACCUCGAAGCAAGGAAGCCCAGGUACAAGAAGGCAAGAAGCCAGCCCGAGAACGUGUUCCUGCUCCGCCUUACUCCAUCUUCGUCACAACGCCGAAGCACAAUUUCUUGAUGACGCGUGCUAGGGGCAACCUUGUUUGCAACAGCACUGUGAAGGGUGCCCUGGACAAACUUGCUUGGCUUGCCAUCACCCCUCACGUAACUCCGGAGGCUGUCCAGAGUGUAGCCCACAGCCUUCGAUCCCUGUCGGACGUGAUCGCCAUCACCAUUCUCUCCUACCUUGGCAACACCACGGCAAACCCUUUUCUCGGCUACGUGCGGAAAGAAGUGAAGCCACCGUUGAUGACGCCGACCGAGGCUCUGAUGUUGCAGUGCCUCGAAUGCGUGGAGGAGAAGCGGAAGAUCACGGAAGGCAUGUUCAACCUCCUCCUCACUGCACUGCGGGCGCGCCUGUUCUCGAGCCGUCGUCCGAGGACGUUGCUGGGAAUGACGGCGUAUUGCCGGAUGAUAGCCGGUGUCUGCAAGAGGAUGGGAGACAUUGCUCUGCUGCGAGUCGUCCUCUGGGACAUACUGAGGCUGUUCUGCGGGAAUGCACCCUUCCUGGUGGCUGCUGUAGUUGGCGUCUGGCCAGAGGUGUUGAGUUCCUAUAGCAGAGAUGGCUCUUCAGAUGCAGCAUUGUUGGGUCUUCGGUACAUCCUCUUCCAUGCCCCGCACACGCUGAAUGCAACCUUGAGUGAGCAGACACGGGUCAUCUUUCAAGAGCUUGGGAACCUUUACCCUCUUGACACUCACUUAAAUGUGACAGAUGUUGCCGAAGCCCUCGUAAGUGCAAUGGACACGAUAACGUCUACAGCAUCUGAAGAAAAAGUGGACGAGUUUCUGCUUCACUGCUUGACACUGGAAGAGGUGUGCAGACGUUCAGGUGACUGGCAGUGGGUCGUUAGUGUCGUCUUAAAGAAGCUGUGGCUGCUUGUAGGGAAGCUGAUGAAAAACAGCGAUGUUGCUGCUAAAGAAUACCUGUGCACCGUUGUUACCUUAUUUGGUGGCAUCUGGAGGCGCUUUCCACCGGAGGAGAAUCUGUCAUCUCUAAACCCAUACCUUGACAAAGUGGAGAUGCUCCUGCAAGAGAACGAAACAGAUUUUGCAGUGCAGGAAGCGUUUGUGAAGUCUGUGUUCCUUCUGCCCGCUGUGGAGCGAUGGGAGUCGCUUCUCUCUGUCAUCCGGGCGUGGCAAGGGAACCACAAAGAUGAAGUGCUGAAAUUAAAAGGUGUUGAACGCACCCUUGCCAAGAACCGUAACAUCAGUAAGAAGAUGAAGAAGAAAGCCGACAAAGCAGCAGCUCGACAGAGCUAAUAAUCGCUGUGUCCGCACACACGACGCCUGUGAUAACGCAGCAUUAUUGACUUCUAUAUCGCAUUGUGUACAUAAGAUGUAUUUUUUUGUGUUGCACAAAAUUCAUGUGCCGUGUAAGUAGGACAGAGCUUCAAGUUAAUACUGUUGUGUGUGUGCGCGUGCUUUUAAGGUGUAUUGUGAGACCUCAUGUACAUAGUGACAUCUGCAGCGCUGUUGUGGCCCACAUUGUAACAUUAUUGCUUGCACAUUUCAUUGUCAUUAUGUUGAUUGUUAUCUUGUUUGUUGUAAAUAUGUUUUAAGAUGAAAGAAAGAAAGAAAGGCUUUACACUGUAUUUACAGCUGACUCCCCAUAUCAAGCAAGGAAAGAAAUAUACUGUUUCACAGCAAUAAAGAUUGUUAUGCCUUA